AAGAAGGCAACUUUUUUUUUUUAAACUGCUGCUCUGUUUUGCCGUCUAACUUCAACCAUUUCAACUUUCACCAAGACGUAGGUGUAACUUACCAUUUGUUCGUGUAAUUAUAACAUUUAAUUCACUACCUAAGCGUCAAUUUUAUAUAUUUUCUUCACUAGGCUAGCCAGCUUCUCUCACCGUUAGCUAGUUUUGUGCUAUCAUGUCCGGCGGAGGAGUCAUCCGAGGACCAGCGGGCAGCAACGACUGUCGGAUAUACGUGGGGAAUCUCCCUCCCGACAUCCGUUCAAAAGACGUGGAGGACUUGUUUUACAAAUACGGAUCAAUUCGUGAUAUCGAUCUGAAAAACCGCAGAGGAGGACCACCGUUUGCCUUCGUGCAGUUCGAGGACCCGAGGGAUGCUGAGGAUGCUGUUUACGGGCGUGACGGUUAUGACUAUGAUGGCUACAGACUGCGUGUUGAGUUUCCUAGAAGUGGAAGGGGAAGUGGUGGUGGAGGUGGCGGCGGUGGUGGUGGAGGUGGUGGUGGAGCGAUGGGACCCCCACGGGGAAGGUACGGUCCUCCAUCGCGACGUUCAGAGAACAGGGUCGUUGUGUCAGGUCUUCCUCCCAGCGGGAGCUGGCAGGACCUGAAGGAUCACAUGCGAGAGGCAGGUGAUGUAUGUUAUGCUGAUGUGUAUCGUGAUGGCACCGGAGUGGUGGAGUUUGUACGCAAAGAAGACAUGACGUACGCUGUCCGUAAAUUGGAUAACACCAAGUUUCGCUCUCAUGAGGGAGAGACGGCCUACAUCCGUGUGAAGAUGGAUGGUCCUCGGAGCCCCAGUUACGGUCGAUCUCGGUCUCGUAGCCGCAGUCGAAGCCGGAGCAAGAGUGGUUCUCGCAGCUACUCCCCUCGUCGCAGCAGAGGGUCUCCACGCUACUCUCCUCGACGUUCCCGCUCCCGCUCUCGCACCUAGACACGCCUGACCUACACUAAAGCAGUGGUGUACCUCAGAGCCAGAGAGGAAAUGUUCACAUCACUUAACAAACCUUGUAUACUCUCGAAGGAUCGUCUUCUGUCACCUGUGUAUGCUGUCAUGCCAAGUUACAUUUUUCCCCCCACGCUUUUGGUUGAAGUUUAUUUUUCGUUUUCAUUUUUGCAGACCAGAUGAGCGUGGUCUGUAAACGUAACCCAGUUUUACUCCAUUCUAGCCUUUUCCUUUUCUCAUAAACAUUCUUUUUCUGCUAUCUAUCUCUCCCUCAUCUCUGUACUUUUUUUCCCCUCCUGAUUGUCCUUGUUGAAUGCUUUGUUUCAAUUCAUUUUCAUUUCAUUUAUAAAUAUUUUUACUUCUUUCAAGCAUAUAUAUGUCCUUUGACCCUCUUGUGUGUUUCUCUGUAGAGUUCAGUGGAUCAGGAUAGGAUGGGACAGAGGAGACAGUUCAUAUUAGGAUAAACAGGAGGAGGAGGAGGAGGAGUCAAAUAUGGCACCAAUGGUAUGAUGGCAGUGCCUUGUCAACUGUGAAAUCUGCAUUCUAAGGCUGUUAGUUUUUACACGCUUUAAAAUGGAGUGCCGUUUUUGAAUGUUUUCAGUAGUUACAAGUUUUGUGUGCCACUUUGUAUUUGGAGACCCAAAGCUUUUUUUGUUUGUUUGUUUUGUUUUUUAUUUUUUCCUUUUCCUCUUUUUUUUCAGUAUCCAAAGUAAAUCUUGGUAUUUUGGGCUUUAUUAUAGAUGGUGCCCCCUUGUUUUUCUCAAAGUAAACUCCCUGGUAGUUGCAUUUAUUGACAUUACUUGAAGUAUUUUUUUGAAGGUGUGAUUCUAACUUGCCUCCUUCUCUUUGGUUCUGCUGGUAUUCUGAAGGUUUGGACUGGGCUCAGUGUCUCCCCAUUCCGGAGCCGGAUCAGGAUUCAGGAUCAGAUUAGGAUUAGGCUUCAGGAUGGAUACAUGGAGCACGACCCCCGGCCCUGUCCACAUAGCCCCCAUCAAACCGGAAACAUUUUAGUGAGAAAUUUAAACUAAAUUGGCUUUCGAAUUACCCAAAUAGUUUUUGUUUUGUUUUGUUUUUUCGUUUUGUGUGGGACCUCAGAGACACAAUUACUGACGACACAGUGAGGAACGAUACAUUUUAAAAAAUUUUUGUUCUUUAAAUUCUAAAAAAGAAGAGCAAAGCUCGGAUCAAAUCCAGGAGGAGGGCUGGGAGGUGCAGGAUGGAUCCACACGCGUAAGGAGAGUGGUAAAUAGUGGGCAAAUGUUACCAGUGGAGGAGGGAGGGAAGGAAGAGGGAGGUCUGGGAGGCGACAAGGGAAUGUGACCUUAAUGUGGUUUGUAUUUCUUUUCAUAGGUCAGUCUUUUCCAAAGGUGGAGGAUAUCUGAUUUUCUUACAUAUAAUCUCCAAUAUUUCAAAGCUUUAUUCUCUUUUAAUAAAACAUUCAAUAACAUUAAA